UCUCUGCGUGAUUGUGUGUGUGUUAGAAGGAAAAAAUGUACAUCAGAAUCGGAUAAUAUGGAACUCAAUUGUCCCAUCCCGUCAUCAGCCAAGAUGAUUUAAAUUUUCCGGUUUCCUUUGAGAGACGAUGUCUUACGACACCCUUGGGGUGUCUGACGCAAUGUUGGACUCACUCAGUUUGCAACUGCGAGAGGCUGAAGCUCGACGGGCCGAAGCAGAAAGAGCUCAUCAGGAAGCUCUGGCUCAACUGCGAGGAAUGACGUCUGGUUUGUCGAGAACGGGAGAGCCUCUCGAUGCUUUACAAUCAAAAGCCCGAGAAUUGGAGAAGAAGGCCGCGCUAGAAACUGUAAGAUGUGAAGAACUACAAUUAGAACUAUCUGCUGCAAUUAAAUCCAAAUCGGGACGACCACAAGUGACUGUACCACCCGCCACUGUAACAUGGGCCCCGACCUCGGGUUCUGAAAUAGAUAGAAUAAUGGCAAAGAUCGAACAGGACAAUCGUAUACUAGCUGAAUUAGAACAUCCCCGAACCACGGGUCCUGGCGUUUCGGCAAUUGGAGCGCCAGCCACGUCACUAGGCGGUGGAUUAUCAUCUACCCUGUGUCCAACGAGCAUAUCAUCGGUGACUGGGGGCGCGGGCGCUUCCCCAUUCGCGACAGUCAUCACGUCAAGCACAAGUAGCCAUGCACUGACUACCACUGACGGGAUACUCAGUAGUGCCGCGGCUGUCGGCGCGGCAUCAGCUGUAGGAGCUGCAGGACCAUCAGCCACGUCCUUUCCCGGAGCCAAUGUUUCGCCACUGCCGGUCAGGGCACAUCCAAUUAGCACUAUGCCACCCUUAUGUCAGAGUACCACAAUGCCCGUCCUAUCACUUCACAAUACGUACUCGCUGCCAUCGGGCUCGGCGAGUUACACCUUGGGUCUGAGCGGAGCUCCAGGCGCUUCGUCCUACACCUACGGCACGACGGUGGGCUCGGCGGGCGUGGGCUCAGUUCUGGGUGCUGCUGGUCUCACAGGAGCCGCUUCCACGAGUCUCAUUGGCACAAGUGGUCUCAGUGGACUUGGGGGCACGUCACUGCCUUCGGGCUUGGGUGGCUACAACGCCUCCUCUUACUCAACCUACACGAAUCCGUUGCUUACGACCAGUGCCAUGAAGUUGAAGUCCUUGGACGAGAUUGAUCUGGGUAUGGGGCGCUACGGCAACCGGGCCGGCACACCAUGUUCUCCAAUACCACCUGCAUCGUGGGGUCUGGACAGCUACUCGGCAUUGGACGGUGUGAACCCAACAUUCAUGCACACUCAGCGUCCACUCUCUCGCCUCGGUGGAUUAGAUCUUGAUAGUCGACAGCAUGGCUUCUUAGCUUUAAAUGGGACGGGAGAGCCACAGGUUGACAUGCUGGACAUACCAGGGAAGGGGAGAUGCUGCGUUUUUAUUGCACGAUUCUCUUACGAUCCACCAGAUGAGUCCGAAGGAGAAUUGUCACUCUGUGCUGGAGACUAUCUCCUUGUGUGGGGAAGUGGAGAACCACAAGGUGGUUACUUUGACGCUGAAUUACUCGAUGGUCGCCGUGGUUUGGUCCCAGCAUCAUUUGUUCAGCGUUUAAUUGGCGAUGAUUUGCUGGAGUUCCAUCAGGCUGUUGUGACGACACUAAGAGACGCUGAUGACGCUCCGGUGCCUUUAGAUCCGGCCCCUCUUCCACCCAACAAUCCUCUGAUGACUCACACUUCAGAAGACAUGGCGAGAUUGAGUGAGACUCACGGCGAUCUUGGCCCAGACCAAUUGGAAGAUGAGGCUGACACAGUUCCUGCACCCCGACACCUGACGCUGGAGCGCCAACUGAACAAGAGCGUACUCAUUGGAUGGUCGAUGCCGGAGCCGGCGGGAUAUAAUCAAAUUGAGAGCUACCAUGUCUACGUGGAUGGGGUCCUGAAGGUGACUGUGAAGGCUAAUGAGCGAACCCGUGCUCUCGUGGAAGGUGUGGAUUCUACACGGCCACACAGAAUUAGUGUUCGUAGCGUGACUCAGAACAGACGCACUUCACGUGAUGCCGCAUGCACUAUGAUCAUUGGCCGCGACACAUCUCACCUGGGUCCAUCGGCCGUGCGAGCCAGUAACAUCACCUGCUCCUCAGCAGUCAUAUCAUGGCUUCCAGCCAAUUCCAAUCAUCAACACGUAGUCUGUGUAAAUAAUGUGGAGGUUCGAACCGUGAAACCUGGCGUUUAUCGUCAUACAAUCACAGGCUUGGCACCAAGCACUCAAUAUCGUGUGACUGUGAGAGCCAAACAUCUAAGAGCACCUGGCCAAAACCCACCUCCGGCUCCGCCACCUGAAGAGGCUCCUGGUGCUUACACUGAUUUCCGCACAUUAGCUAAAGGACUGCCAGAUCCACCACAAGAAAUACAAGUUGAGGCUGGUCCACAGGACGGAACUCUCCUCGUGACAUGGCAGCCUGUCUCGAGACCACCAUCAUCUGGUCCCGUGACAGGUUAUGCCGUGUACGCGGAUGGAAAGAAAGUCACUGAUGUGGAUUCACCAACGGGUGAUCAUGCGUUAAUAGAUAUAGGAAAGCUAGUGGGACUGAAUCCAAAAGCUGUCACCGUUCGUACCAAAUCUAGAGACUCACAGUCAUCUGAUAGUCAGCCAACAGCGAUCCCAAGCUUCGGAUAUGAUGAAACCAAUACUGAAAAUGGAUUAAAUUAUACACAAGAUGUAGUUCGAAAUGCAGCGCGAAAUCGUGCACAACACGCACCACACACCGGAAUUCCGCCACACAUGCGUGCUCAGCAGCGGCCAGGACCGCAGCAGCAACAGCCACAGCAGUCUGGAAUGAUGCAGCAACAGAAUCCUGGCCAAAUGCAAAUGAAUCAGCAAAUGCCAAUGACACAGCAACAGCAACAAGUCAUAGAGCAUGACGAGAAUUUGAGUGACAAAGAGGUUUUUCCCGGUUCAAUGCAUCAGCAACAUGGAUUAAUGCAGGGUAGUCACCAAAUGCGUGGUGGUAGUGGUGGUGGAAUACCUGCCAUUGAGAUCACUAAAGACGGACCGGGGGAUACGACUUAUGUAAGUGAUGAUAGUGAAUAUCAAGAUACGGGGCGCCGACGAAGUGCCCCAGCAGCACAUCAGCCACAGCAACAGGGAUAUCAAACGAACCCGAUGUCACGGAACCCCGCCGAUCGAGUUCGACCACAGAAUCCGGGAAUGGGUCCAAAUCAGCAACAGCAUCAGCAAAUGGGACAGCGCGCCCAACAUCCGCAGCAACAAAUGCAGCAACAUCAGCAGCAGCAGCAACAGCAGCAGCAAAUGCAGCAGCAACAGCCGUUCUACGGAGGGCCCUCGGCGAUACAGCAGCGUGGCCCAAUGCAGCAACAGCGGCCGGGAAUGAUGCAGGGCCGCGGCCCGAUAUCGCAACAACAGCAACAGCAGCAGAUGAAAAAGGCCCGCUACUUUAUGGCCAUGUUCGAUUACGAUCCCAGCACCAUGAGCCCCAAUCCGGAUAGUUGCGAGGAGGAGCUACCCUUCCAGGAGGGUGACACCAUCAAAGUGUAUGGCGACAAGGACCCAGAUGGAUUCUAUUGGGGCGAAUUGCGUGGUCGACGCGGCUAUGUGCCUCACAAUAUGGUGACGGAAAUUGAGGAAGGCCAAGUGGGGGCUCAGGGUGGCCCGCCACUCGCCACUGGAACUGGCCAAAGUGUCCGUGGUGUGAGUCGAGAUCGCUGGGGUGACAUAUAUGCCACAUCGUCGGUGAAGAGAAUGAUUGCCCUGUAUGACUAUGACCCACAGGAGCUCAGCCCUAAUGUUGAUGCCGAGGUGGAGCUCAGUUUCAAGACUGGCGACGUGGUGCUCGUGUAUGGUGAGAUGGAUGAGGAUGGCUUCUACAUGGGCGAAUUGGACGGAGUACGCGGCUUAGUGCCGUCCAACUUUCUCGCCGAGGCUCCUGAACAAUACAAUAGUCAAAUGGCAUCCGGCACCAUGGGUCGGGGCGGUAUGAACAAUCGCGGUGGCAGGACGUCAGCACCUGGUGGAUCGGGGCCAGGUGCCCGGGGUCCGCCGCCACCGCCGCGAGACAACAUGAACAUGGGACCAGUGGGUGUUAAUCAGCGCGGUCAGCAAAUCAGAAAAGAUGCUCGCCCUACUUCCCCUACACUGUUAGACACCACGGGCCAUCCUGCCCCCGAUCACCAAACGCAGGGGAUGCAGGGGAAAGGAGGGAUGAUCGGUCGCGGGAUCGGUAUUAAUAUGCAACAGCAGCCAGGACAGCAGAAGAUGCAGCAGCAGCAGCCAGGCCAGCAACAGAUGGGUCAGCAACAUAUGGGCCAGCAGCAGAUGGGUCAACAGCAGAUGGGUCAACAGCAGAUGGGCAUUGGCAUGGGAGGCAUGCAGCAGCAGCAGCCGAUGAUGAUGCAACAACAGCAGCCGAUGAUGAUGCAACAGCAGCAACAGCAACAGCAGCAACAGUAUCCAGCGACCACGACAAGCGCCCCGCAAACUGGCGGGAUGUUCUCAACGGCAUCCAGCCUGUUCUCCGGCGCAACAAAUGCAGCCACAGGAGGGCUGUUCAACAAGCCAAAGGGCCCACAGGUCGUCCCGCAGCCAGGGAUGACCCAGCAGCCGUUUGGCGGGCAACCGGCGGGCCAGAUGGGCGGCGGCGUGGGCGGAAUGGGUGCCUUCGGCGGCGGCCUCCAGGGUGCGCAGCAGCAGCAGCAACAGCAGCAGGGCAUGCCAGGGCAGCCAGGAAUGCCGGGGCAACAGGGGCCGAAUCUCAUGCAGAAGCUCAACGAGAUCACAGCGCCCGGUGGCGAUAUCCUGUCCAAAGGCAAAGAACUGAUUUUCAUGAAAUUCGGUCUCGGCGGCAAAUAACCCCGACCGCCCCGUUUACUAGUUAAUCGUCAAGGUAUGAUGUGCCCACGCCCCCAUGAGGCUGGCCGCGACGUCACAUCGUUGUUCUUGUUGUUACUGAUACCGUUGUUGAUAUUUAUUAAUAUUGAUGAUAAUAGAGAUUAUAACAAAAUUCUUAUUGACGAUAAUAAUGACGGUUAUGAUAAUAAUCUUACGCACAUUAUUUCUGCUUCUGAGCGGAUUCCUAUCAAUUUUUCCUCCUACAUUUUCAGCUACUAAUCUUGUUGUCCUAUCACUAUAGUGCUCCUCGCUUUUUCGUCAUUUUUGCGCCAAUUUUGCCUCUGUUUCCUAAAAGAAAGACCUUCCAAAUUCUUAUACUGAACCGCUCCGCCUACACUGUGGCGCAAAAGUGUCCAUAAGAACAAAAUCAUUCAGAAACUAUUGCAAAUUUGCAAAUUGAAUAAUAUAGAUAACAUUUCGAUUAAAUUUAUGAAGUUGUAAAUUUCUUUCAAAUUUCACAAAAAAAAAAUUAAUACUUUUAGAAUGACUAUUCAAAAUUUGUUUCGAUUCCCGCGAAAUAUAAUGUGUAAUAAUCCUUAUAUAACACUUUUGAGCGACAGUGUAGUUGCUAUUCUCUAGAUAAUAUUAUUGGUGAUGUUGUAUACAUACAUAUGUUAUGGGAAUAAUUUUUAAAUGAUAAAAACAAUCCUCAAAAUACAAGCGUUUAAAUUGCCUAAUGCUGUCUGCAGAGAGCUGAAAAAAAAAAACUGAAAAACCAACAGUCUCAAAUAUAUUUACAAUGUAAUCAAAAUCACAUUUCAAGCUUGCAACAAUACUAUACAAAGAAAAUUACACAACAAAGUUAUACUCCAAAAAAAAUCGUAAAGCAGUUUUAAAGAAAAUGAAACAAAUACCUACUUUAUGAUAAUGUGAAAUCCUGCCCAUGAAAAAGCUACGUGAAUGAUGUUACCAAAAAAAAAAAAUAGUGAGAAAGUGAAUUGAAAUGGCAAGAUGUAACGUAAAAUUGCGUAAAACUCUCAGCUAAAUGUAAUAUUAUUAACACACAAAAAGUAUCGAAUAAGAAGACAAGGGAUGAGAUUUUUAUUAAAACAAGUAAAAUUGCUAGUUGGUAUGUAGGAUUUUUAUAGAUUAUCCUUCAUUUUAUACCCAAAAGAGAUGAAGUGCAACUGCGUAUUCUUUUAUUCUCAAGAGUGAGUAAUGAUGAAGUGCGCAAGCGGAACAUAUCAGUAUUGUUCACCAAAAAAAAAUGUAUUUAAUGUUACAAUAUGUUGCCUAGAAAAAUCGCGAGAGAAUGGAAGAAUUUUCUUUUCACUUCCCCUCAACUAGCAAUUUUCCACAUGAAUGUUAUCAUUCAACAACCUUACAUUUAAAACAUCUCCUCGCCCCUCUUACUCAUCACUUUGCUGGCUGGAACGUUGCGAUAACCACGUGCAAUCUAUCUGCGGGUGUAGGGUGUUAUGGGAUGAAGAAAUGGGAGAAGAUGAAGAGACGUAAGAAAGAUUUACAAGAAAAUGUACUUUCAAAAAAAAUAUGAAUAAUAAUAUAUUCGGCCCCUUGUUUGACUUACGUGUAUGUAAAUAUCGCGGGAGUAUUAGAAAAAAAAUUGUCACAAGAUGAAUGAAAAAAAAAACACUACAAGAAAGGAUAUCUGACAAUAUUACCACAGUUUUGACAUUUUAUUAAUAUAAAUCAUCAAUUUUACACUCAAUGAUUUAGUUAAAGUAAAAAAAAGUCUUUUCCACAUACAUACGCAUACGCUCAUAAAAAUCAUAUUAAAGUAAUAAAAAAAAUAGCGGAAAAUAAAAUAUGAUGAAAUAAAACAGCUCAAGUACAAUAACAAAUAUCUAACUAACAAGAGGAAGAAGGAUAAAACUCACAAAGCUAUAUAAUGAAUAUUUUAUUAAUGCGUUUUAUUGGAUUACAUUUCAAUAAAAAAAACUAUCAAUAUUUACAUCUUAAUGACAUGGUAUCAUAAUUGAAAGAAAAGCAUAAUAUAGUGGAGAAGAAAGUUGUUGUGAAACUUCAUCAUAAAAACUAAUUAAGUGAUAAACAAAAAUUGUAGAAUCAGAAAAAUUUCAAAAAAAAACUCUUUAAUGAACAAAUAAGGAUUCGCAUCGCAUACAAAUCUAGAUUACAACACACAUACACAAACAUUCUAUUUGAUGCUUCUUUCUGUCAAGCAUUGGUGAAGACAAAAAUACAUAAUACAUUGAAUACUAAAAUAUGCAAAUGACACAUUCUAAGAAGAGUAUCCUUAAACAAUUUUAAUCUUCAUACAUUUUUUAUAAGAUACAUAAAUCACAAAAUAUUUCGCUACGUGUAAUGGUAUAAGAAAUAUUGAUUAAGAUGAAAUCUGGAAUUGAAAUCUGCUUUCGCAUUUAACACGAGAGAUAAUUUCUAUUUUUGUUACAAAUGUAAAUUCUUUCUGCAGUGUGAAUAUUCAUUAAAAUCACAAUAUCUGUACCUACAUAUGUAUUACAAUUUAAAGUUGAAUUAUCCAUCUCUGUUGUUUAUACGAAGGCCAAUGUUGGUUAAUUUGUGAAACAAACGUAUAAAGUCAGUGAAAGGCUUUUCUCCUUCUUCAGAAGGUGUUUAUAAACACCUCUGAAACGUCACGCAGAAGGAGAGAAGAGGAGUAAAAUUCUUUUACUGGCUUUAUCCGAUUGUCUCACAAAUCAAUUAUCCAUAUUAAAAUAUUUUCAAAAACAAACAAGAAAAAAAAAUGUUCCAACUACCAAUUUCAUGUUGAGAAAUAUUAAUCUAUCUAUGUAACCUACCGGAAACCAAAUUGCUUCAUACACAAUCACUUAAAGGAAUAAGGUACUCACAACAAAGUUUCACGUCAGCUCAUUAAAAAAUAUAUUUAUUGCGAAAAAGAAGGAAUACUAAAUUGUCUGUUAACAUAUAUUACUGUUAUGGAAUACAGAAACGACGAUAAAGGACGCAUGAAUUCAGAUAGAGAUAAAGGGUGGACAUUAUAAGAGAAUACCUACUAAGAAAAAAAAAUUCAGUUCGGUGCCUUCUGAAUGUUUGACGCGCGGAUUGAUCAGCCAGUUCAUUUGUAUAUUCCCCUAUUUACAAUUAAUGAAAUAACCUACUUACAUUGAAGUCUUAUAAUUCUUUCGCUUUUUCGGGUAGAUAUCAUUUUCUCUUCUCCCUCCUUCUCCCCUACUCAUUUUACAUGAAUAUAUAAUUAGUUAGCUUUUGUACAUUUUUCAAAGUAAAAAAAAAGAAAAUGAUACUUUAUUGAUGAGAAAAUCGGGAAUAUAAAAUAAACUAUUGUGAUCAAUUCAAUUGAUUGUGCAUGGCUGCAUCACUUCAAUAUAUUGUAUUAAAAAAAGAGAUAAAAAGAAUUAUAAGAAUUAUUGAAAUGAAGUAAAAUAUAUUAAUUACAAAUAUAUAUUUCAUUGUUAUUCAAAUCGUUUUAUACGCGGACAUAUCAAAGCUACCCCGCGACCACACCUUUAAUACCUAGAUGGUGAUGAUGAUUAUUAUUAUGAGGAUAAAUGAAAUGAAGGAAAAUCGGGAAAUUUUAGUGAAAGGCCCGAAAUCCAUAAGAUUGUGCAAAGAAUCACCCUUCCACUUAAAUUAAAGAACAAAAUUAUAUACAUUAAACAUAUUUAUAAAUUGUAUAGUAUCUCCUCGCUAUCAAUUCCUGCGCAAAAUUUAACCAAGUGUAAACAACUUUUCUUUAACACUUUCACAUAUUCCUCUAAUAAAAAAUCAUGGCAAAUAUCUCUUCCAAGCUGAAAAAAAAUUCGAAAUUAGCAUAUUAGAAACUCAUUUCUGAAGGUCUUUCGUUAAUCGAAAAGCCUUCUCAAAUGACAUUCUGUUACUUCACUCGAAAAAUUCGUUGUCAACACCACAUAAAGCUAACUCUUAAACAAUCGUAAUCAUAUUGUCAAAGAGAUCGCAAUAUUUUCUCAUACUUUUAAACUUCUUUCUUUUCCUAAAUAUUACUUUUCGUCGUAAUUCUUCUUGUAUACAAAGUGAAAAAAAGACAAAACCAAAAAUCUGAUGAAAGGCAUAUAGUGAAGUAAUUGUAAUGGUGGAAAAAUGAAAAAUUUUUUAGUGAUAAAAUGAUAUCAAUUUACUAAGUUUUACGAUUUAAAGAAAAUUUUUGAUUGACACGCGAGAAAAGAGCAGGUGACAGAGAUGUUUCAAGAGGAAGUGCUUCAGAGAAGAAAGCAACAAUCAGAGGAAAAGGUGAUCAUAAUACAGAAAGUUGGCGUAACACAAGAAACACAACACUACUUAAUACACUAAAAUAUAUAUAAAUAUGAUAAAGAAAAAAAAACGAGAGGAUGAGGAAAAUAUAUAGAUUAUUGAAAGUGAAAACCCAAAAAUAUAACUUUAAAAAAGAAAAUGUAAUUGAUGACUUUAUGCUUGACUUUGUAAAACUUGUGUAAUUAUAAAAGACAAAUCUUAGGCUGACAAAUUGUUUCAAUUGAUUUUAAGUAUAAAGACUAGCUUAAAAAAUUGAACAAGUAAUGUAAUGGAAAAGUUGGUAGCUGCAAAAAAAAAGAGUUGUUGUAUAAAAAUGAUAAAAAAGCGGACAGUUUGUGUCAAGAAUAUGGUCAUCAUGUUAAAUUUAAAAGAUUAAGAAGUGAGAAAUUCGUACUAAUAGAAGAAACCCUGCAACUCACAGGGACUUGUGAUCCAUCAACCACUAGAAUUAGAUACACCCGAUGGCAAAACAGAUUUUUUUCUCCUCAAAUUUUUGCAAAAUAACAAAACAUUACCAAGCGACCACUAUUAUUUUUACAGUUCCAGUCUCUACAAAAGUCACAAAAAUAUUCUAUCGAAUGUAUUUAGAACAAACAAUUACUGUGCUGAUGGAUCACUUUUAACCCGUGUAUCUCUGUACAGCACCAAGAAAAAAUGAUGAUGAAAUUACGAUGAACAAGAAAUACCAUUAUAAUUAAAAAUAAAAUACUAUAUAAUAAAAUAAAAUAUUUCUCUCUCAUCAA